UAGGACUCCAGCCCUCCCCUCUGCACAGCCCUGGAUGUCAGUGACGUCAUUGACAGCCACCUUUUGUCAGAAGCUGGAGAAGAAGGAGCUGCAGCAGCACCCUGAACAGCACCCUACAAGAUGUCUGCCCCAGAUGCUGCACCUGUUGAUGGCUCCGGAGAAGGAGGAGCACCCACAGGUCCCCCCAACCUCACCAGUAACAGGAGGCUGCAACAAUCACAGGCGCAGGUCGAUGCGGUGGUCGAUAUUAUGCGUGUGAAUGUAGACAAGGUUUUGGAACGAGAUCAGAAGCUGUCCGAGUUGGAUGACCGCGCGGACGCUCUCCAGGCCGGAGCCUCGCAGUUUGAAAGCAGCGCGGCCAAACUCAAGCGCAAGUACUUUUGGAAGAACGCCAAGAUGAUGAUCAUUUUGGGAGUGAUAUGCGCUGUCAUCCUUAUCAUAAUUGUUGUUUACUUCACCACCUAAGGACAUCGUUUUUCUCCCCGCCUCACUGUCUAAUUUUUCUACCCUCUUCACCGGAUCGAUCAUCGAUACCCCUAGCUUGAACUAUGCAGAAGACAACAUAAUUUUCCCCCUUUUUUUUUUUCUGUGUCUACCCCAUCCCCUCCUACUGCAGAGAAGUGGGGACAUAUUGGGUCAGAUUCACUCUGGCGUAAUUUGUGCCAAAAAAAAAAAAAACUGGCUUGCAUGACUCAUUACAGGAUUUAUUAUGUGUUUUAGACACAUUUUAGACACUUUUGUGCCUUGUUUGACAAAGGGGCGUGCCUUAUCGUAAAAGAGGGCGUAGCUUCAUUGGAAAGGGAAGUGUGGCCUAAAUUUUGUCGCACAAUUUUGGUACAAAGUCAGUCAACUUAUAGUUGGUGUAUACAUAGAUUAGACUGUGCAAAUUAGACAGUCUACAGAGUCGCCAGAUUUAUUAAAUAGCAUGAGCCUCUGUGAUAAAUGUGGUGCAGUAGAAGAUUGUCUGUCUAAGCUUGCAAUGUCUUAGAAUAAGAGAAUUUUAGUAAAGUCCCUGUAUUGUGUAUAAGCUGUCCCCUUCUCACUCUCUCUUCCAUGUAAAUACCCAAUGACUGGAGAUCUUCCUAAUCUAUACACACACACACACACACACACAUAUAUAUGUAUGUAUGUCAUGCAUGAUGCUAGUAGGUAGAAGAAAAAACUCACAGCUUAAUGGUUCCUCAGUAACCAUAGAUGCUGUGCAGGAACAUGCUGCCAGAAGAAGAGGUGGAUCAACCGAUAGUUAGAUGGACUUCCUCUAUGGUAAAGGCACCUAUAAUAUAGUAACGAAAUUAUUGUGAAAAGUUAACAAAAAGGAUGGAUUCAUGAGGAUAGUGUAUGCCAUCAGAGUGUAACCAUAGACGCUGUGCAGGAAAACGCUGCCAGAGUAAGAGGUAGUACAACUAAUAGUUAGAUGUUUUUUUUUUCUUUCUGUAAUAUAGGAACCUAUAAUAUAAUAACAAGCAUAAAUUGUGAAUAUAAAAAAUGAUAAAGUUAUUUUCACCAUAUGAGAAGUUAUUUAAAGGAGGGAUCCAUGAGAAUAGCAUCAGAGUAUAAAAAAAACCUAUAAAGUAUAAUGUAAAUAUAAUGUCAGAUUGGUGGUAAUAGACAUGCAGGAGGCUGAUGAAGGGACGGACCUCUAGGUACACAGGGGAAAAAAAGAGUUACAGAUAGACUGAAGAGGUAAGUGUGUAGAAUAAGCAGUAAUAGUAAAUGUCCAAAUAGAAGGGGUCUGGGAGGGUCAAAACGUUGGCAUUCUCUCCCUCAGUACUUAUAUUCUGUUAUAAAUGAAUCAUUUCACUAACUGUGAAAUUCUACUAAGCUCUACUAAUAAACUAUUUGUUGACUUGCA